UUCAUUUAUUUGUCUUUGCUUUAUUUCACGCAACGCAUACACACGGGUAACAGCUGCACGGACUCUAUUGUGGACUAGUAGAGAAGUUUAUGUGCUGAGGGUUUAAUGCUGGCUGCCCUAUGAUGGAGGAAUGUCCUUGUGAUUUGGGAGACAUAACCAUGUACAGUGAUGAGCCGAACUUUCAGCCAUCUGAAGUGGAUCAACGACUACAGUUGGCGCAAAAGGAGCCCAUGAAGGGGGAGAUAGAGGAUGAGGAAAUGUCAUCAAGCGUGAAUCCUUAUCCCUUUCUGUCUGAAUUUGCACUAGAGGAAUUUGAGCUCCCUAUAAGCAUUCGCUUACAAGAGAUGCCCCUUUUCCCCAAGUGGCACCUCCCUCUCAAGCUCAUGGCUGUUUUUUUCACUGUGGCGUUUAUGUACACAUUUCUUCGGGAUGUUCUACAGCCUUAUGUGUCUGAGAGUAAAAAUUACUUUUACAAAAUUCCCAUUCUGGUGUUAAAUAAAGUUCUUCCCUGGACAUCUAUUAGUCUUCUGGCACUUGUCUAUCUACCUGGGGGUCUGGCUGCUCUACUGCAACUACAUAGAGGAACUAAAUACAGCUCUUUCCCAGUUUGGCUGGAAAAUUGGAUGGGUGUGAGGAAACAGUUGGGUCUUCUGGCUUUCCUUCUGGCCUGCCUACAUGCCAUUUACAGCUUGAGUUACCCAAUGAGACGCUCUUACAGGUACAAACUCCUUAACUGGGCCUACCAGCAGGUACAACAGAAGAAGGAGAACUCAUGGGUAGAGGAUGAUGUCUGGAGGAUGGAGAUCUACAUAUCAUUGGGAAUCCUAAGUCUGGGGAUUCUGGCCUUGGUGGCCAUCUCCUCCCUGCCUUCAGUUAUGAACACACUAAACUGGAGAGAGUUUCAGUGUGUCCAGAGAACUUUAGGACAUGCAGGCCUGUUUUUAUGCACAGCUCAUGCGCUGGUUUAUGGCUGGAGGAAGUGGGUAGAGCUGAAGCACUAUGUUUGGUACACACCACCAUCAUUUAUACUGGCCUCCUUCCUCCCAGUUGUGGUGUUACUGCUCAAGACUGUGCUGGCUCUGCCCUGUUUCAGCAAGAGACUAGAGCGCAUUCGACAUGGCUGGGAAAGACCUGGGCAGAAGAGGUUAAUAGACAAGGACUUACUCUGACUUUGACCCUUCAAGGUGUAGAGUUAAAAUUUAUAUUUUAUGAAUUUUGUGUUUUAAAUCGUAAUGGUUUUGCAAAGU